AUGGGAGCAUCGAGCACCAAAGUCAACGACAACCGCAAGCAUAGUCUCAACUACAACAGCAAUAUUGUAAUACAUAUGCACAGCCACCACGCCAUUAAUAGUACAGAAACUUUUAGCCAAAAUAGUGAUCUAGAAGUACAUGAGCGUUCCCACAGAAAUAAGACCUUCUAUCUCUGCUCCACAUGUGCAGAAACUUUUAGCAAAAAGUGCGAUCUGGAGAUACAUGAGCGUUCCCACAGAAAUAAGGACUUCUACUUCUGCUCCACAUGUACAGAAACUUUUAGCCAAAAAUGCGAUCUAGAAAUACAUGAGUGUUCCCACAUAUAUGAGAAUUCAUAUAUUUGCCCCACGUGUGCAGAAACUUUUAGCCAAAAGUGCGAUCUGGAGAUACAUGAGCGUUCCCACAGAAAUAAGGACUUCUACUUCUGCUCCACAUGUGCAGAAACUUUUAGCCAAAAGUGCGAUCUAGAAAUACAUGAGUGUUCCCACAUAUAUGAGAAUUCAUAUAUUUGCCCCACGUGUGCAGAAACUUUUAGCCAAAAAUGCGAUCUGGAGAUACAUGAGCGUUCCCACAUAAAUGAGGACUACUACCGCUGCUCCACAUGUGCAGAAACUUUUAGCCAAAAGUUCGAUCUGAAGAUAUAUAAUAAUUGCUCGCACAUAAAAGAGAAAAUAAAUCUGGAAACUACGUUUGAGAAAAAGAACGAGAACUACACCCAAUGCGAUUCCUGUGAACUAAUUUUUCACGAGAAAAAAGAAGCUCUGCACAUAAGUAAGUAUCACUCAUAUCGUCUCCUAUGCACAAAAACGUAUGGUCAAUUAAACAAACUUGGCGAGAACAUGGGAUCCCAACACAACUAUCCUUGUCAUUUAUGUCAGCAAACUUACUCCUCAUCUACUAUUCUCGCGAGACAUAUGUUACAGGUUCAUAGUCAAAAGAAUGAUCUAGAGAUACAUGAGCCCUCUCACAUAAAAGAGAAAACAUACUUGGAAACUACGUUUGAGAAAAAGAACGAGUCCAUGAAACACGAGCAUGCACAUUUGAUUGUAAAGCUCCACGACUGUAUGAAAAAUUCACCAGCUGAUAAAAAAAAAACUGUAGCACAGUCGGAUCAUAUUCACAAGAACAAGGAGCUCUUCCACUGUACCACUUGCUCAAAAAACUUCAAAGAUGGAGACCAACUUGCACAUCACAUGAUUACCCACAUGGUCACAAAACCUUACGACCAGAUCAGUGAACUAGCGAGACAUAGUAACUCUUACACGAGCGACAAUUCCUGUCUUGGUGCGAAAACCUUUUGCCAAAAGAGUGAUCUGAAAAAAAACAAACCUACCGAUAUAGAGAAGAAACUCUAUCCCUGUGGUUUUUGCCCAAAAAGAUUUAGUCAAAUCGACAGUUAUGCGAUAGUGGCGGCUAAAGUGAUACUCAAAUAUUAUUGUUAUCUGAUUGGUCUCUUUGGAAUGAACCAACCUAAAAUUAUUUAUAGUUCAUUACUGCCCAACGGUUUACUACUGGACAACUUUUUGGCAAAAUCGAUAGCCCAUCAUUAA